AUGUUUCGCUGGAUGUUGGAACCGCCACCACCGGACAUUGAUGUCGAUGACGACCCUGCCAAACACCGCUUCUUCAACUGGCUCAAAACCGGGGACGGCAUCUUCUGGGUCUCCGGCAAAGCCGGUUCGGGCAAGUCAACCCUGAUGAAGUUCCCCGCCGACCACGAAACAACCCAAACCAUGCUCGAAGAAUGGGCCAAACCAUUCAAGCUCCUGACCGCAAGGCACUACUUCUGGGCAGCCGGCACGCACAUGCAAAAAUCCCACGAGGGUCUCUUCAAAACCCUCCUCUACGAAAUCUUCUGCGCCUGUCCCAGCCUCAUCCCUGCCGCUUGUCCCCUUCGCUGGAGGCAGACCUGUCCCGAACGGACCGAGCAGCAGAGCACCGAGUGGACAACCCGUGAACUUUCCGAAGCCCUGCACCAUCUCGGGCGGAAUCAAGACCUCCACAUCCGGCACUGUUUCUUCAUCGACGGCGUCGAUGAGUUUGACGGUGAUCACCUCAUGCUCUGCGAGAUUCUUUCCAACCUCAGCCAGUCCCCCAACAGCAAGCUCUGUCUCUCCAGCCGGCCAUGGAACGUCUUCAUCGAUGCCUUUGGCAAUAACAUUGCGCGCAAGAUCAGCAUCGAGGAUCUCACGCGCGAGGAUAUUCUGCGCUAUGCAGAGAGGCGGCUCACAGGACACCCCAGGUGGAAUCUUCUCCAUUUCUCACCGCAGGACAAAACCGCCAUUAUCGAUUCGAUCACCGACAAGGCCCAGGGUGUUUUCAUCUGGGUGUUCCUCGUAACAAGAUCAAUACGAGACGGUCUAACCAACCUCGACACAAUGCUCGAUCUCCAGCAUCGACUCGAAAGCCUCCCCACCGACCUCGAGCGCUUCUUCAAACACAUGCUCAACCUCAUCGACAGCAUCUACCACCAAAAAAUGGCGAGCUUCCUCAGCAUAUCCGCCCAUGCCAAGCAGCCGCUCUACUACCUAACUUUCAGCAUGCAAGAGCGCGAAAGCGAAGUCGAGGACUACGCCCUCAAGAUGGCAAUCUCCCCAACCUCCCCGCCCGAAGAAGAGCAGCUAUACGAUCGGUGCCGACGCCGUGUCAAUGCCAUCUGCGGGGGGUUGCUAGAUGUAAAGGGCACCUCAGUCGAGUUCCUCCACCGAACAGUCCGCCACUUUUUGCUCACUCGGGAAAUGAACGACUACCUCAGUUCGAAAACGAAACCAGGGCUUUCCACUCCUCUCUCAACUCUGCGGGCUUACACAGCCUGCUUGAAAUGCAGUGCACCACCCACAUCGUCUGACUUUGCCUCCUUGUUACGAACGCGUCUCCUCAAGGAAGGUCUCUCGUAUGCGCACGAGGCGUUGGAGGACGCGGAAGAGACAGCAGUCGAGCUGCUCGAUGAUAUCGAGAAUCUCUUCGCCGCGCCAUUAGAAGACGGUGAAGAUGCCAUGGAGUGGAACCUGCUCGAACCGGCCGAGUUCAACGGCGAUACCACCAUCGGAGACGUUGUUGCGUCGGGAAACGAGGCAUCCGAUUUCCAGUUUCGAAAAGAGGUCCUCCGGACAGGGGCGGCAAAGUAUGUCUCGAGGAAACUCAACGACAGUUUGUACUACUUUGACGACUUGAAGGAGUGGCCGCUUUUGCUUGGUCAUUGA